AUGGACCUGAUUUCUGCGAGAUACUCGACCGGGCUUAAGACAUACAUUGUCACUCUCAAAUUCCCCGAUUUAGAAGCGGCAGUUGAUCGCCUCGAGAAGAUCAGCUACGGGGGCGAUUGCUGGGAGUUUCGGGUGGAUUUGUUGGGGCCAUCGUCGGUCGCUAUCCCGCCCCUCGACUAUGUCCGGAUGCAGCUGCGUGUUCUCCGGGACUUGCCCCGGAAGCUGCCCAUCUUAUUUACAGUGCGCACCGUUUCACAGGGCGGACGUUUUCCAGACGAUGCUGCCAAUGAAGCGCUGGCGCUCAUGAAGCUUGCUGCCGAGCAAGGCUGCGAGUACAUUGACGUGGAAAUGAGCUGGCCAUCGUUUGUGAUCGACGGCAUUCUCACAGUAAAGGGAGCGGCGAAAAUUGUGGCCUCGUUCCACGAAUUUGACGGCUCCAUCAAAUGGACAAGCCAGACUGUGCGUGCCAUGUGCACGGAAGCUGAUGCAGUUGGUGACAUCAUCAAGCUGUGCAUCCAAUCCGUGGACAUCAAUGACUGCCUCGAACUCGGCCUCUAUGUCCGCGACUAUCAGACGCGAACAUCAAAGCCGAUCAUUGCUGUAGCGAUGGGCACCAGCGGCCAGCUCUCUCGAUUCACCGCGCCCGUCACCUUUGUCACGCACAAGCUGAUCCCUGCGCCUCCGGGAAGCGACCAGCUGUGCCUCUCGGAUAUCCAUCGGGCCUUGCAUCUUCUAGGACAGCUCCCGAGUAAGCGAUUCUAUUUCGCAGGCCCCGCCGUCACAUACGACUCGCUGCUGUCCCCGCUGUUUACUUCUGCAUCUGAGGACUUGGGCUUUCCCUACAGUACAUGCCAUCUGGAAGAGGUGGGCCAGGAUCUCAAUGCGUUGCUUGCAAGACCUGACUUUGGCGGCGCAUACGUGCCGAGCCUUUGCAAUCAGCCCAUCGGUAAAUAUGUGCAAUCAUGGACUCCUGUUGCCGAACAGAUUGGAAUUGCCGACACGGUCUUGAUCUCGACUGAAAGUGGCCAAAAGGUGCUGUCUGGUGAUAACACAGCUUGGAUGGCUGUCUUGGCUUGUCUCAAGAGCAGUGGCAGCUUUGUCUCGGAAAACAGCACUGCCCUCGUGCUGGGAGUCGAGCCGCGUUCAAGUGCAGCGUACUACGCCAUGGAACGUUUCGGAAUCCAAAACGUCAUGCUUGUUAGCCAGGACGAGGAGGCGGCAAGUCAGAUAUGUAACCGUUUUCCUCACAUUUCCUUCCAGAUCUACGCUCGCUUGAAGGAUGUCAGCGCGGCCCUUGUUCCAGGUUCGAGCCUCGCCGUAUUCGGUGACGAAACUGGUUUGGAAUCAUUGGACGGAGAUGGUCUGUUAGAUCAGUUCUCGGGAGUCAUGGUAGACGUGGGGGCUGUUGUUAAGCCAGCAUCACAGCAGGCAAGACUAGACCGCAUUUCAAAGUGGAAGGCAUAUUCGGCACUGGAUGUUUUACAGAGUCAUGCCGAUGCACUGUUCCGGCUUUGGACAGGAAGAAACGCUCCAAGGACAGCUGCAGAUGCUACAUUGUCGGCUAAUUUUAAGGAGAAAAGGUAG